UGCCAACAAGAUUGAUACAUAAAUCUAACUACUCACGCAUACUUACGUAUAUGGCUGUGCAACAUUCCGAAAAAAUUGACACUCCGAGUGGGCAUAAAUAAAUUGUUGCCGACUUCAUUCACCGGUACAAAGGGAGCACAGAUUGUGCAAAGCAAGCGGCGGCAAGGACGUGCGCUGUAGGUGGCAAGGCUUUUGCAAUAUAUACAUACUUAGUUAGCGGCGCUUUACGACAGUCGGUGCUGGCGCGUCAAUGUGGAAGAGACAAAUUCCAAGGGGCUUGCGUGUAGUGGGUUUGAUACAUACAAAGACGAUAAAUGCAACAUAGCAAAUGAAUACAGACGUACGCACGAUGCGUUAAAUCAUCAAAAACACAUAUCAGCGCGAUGGCAGCACAAGCAGAUUCGCAGCGCCUGAAGGAGACAGAGACAGCCCACAUGGCUAGUAGUGUUGCAACAGUAUUAAAGUCAAUGUCAACUUCACCUGCAGCACAGCGACAGGGACAGCUGCAACAGCAACAGCAACUCAACCAGCACAGGAAGCCAAAGUCACAGAUAUAUACGCAACCAAAGAGAUUCAAUUCAUCCUCUUUGUUAGACAUUGCUGGCAUUGACGCGCAUGCAAAUGCACCCGAUAAAGCGUUUGCAAAUGGAAUUACUCCCGGCGCUACUGUGCCAACGAUUCUGCAGCCACAGGCACCGUGCAAUUCGGGCGUCUCUUUGAGCUCAUUGCCCGAUGCGGCUAUAGUGCUGCGCGUUCCUUCCACCCUAUGCACCACGAAUGCCGCCGCACAAUUGCAUUUGCCGCUAGCUCCAGCAUCAGCGGCAGCGUCGACGACCUGUGAACCGCCUGCAGCCGGCGUAGCUACUGUUGGACCGGAAACGCUGGCGACAACUCAGAGCACAUGUCGCACUGUCUGCUCGCUGGUCGCUUUGGGGAUAGAGCCUGUUGCAAUGAUGGAGGGGCACGGCCACAAAGAGCCUUUGGCUGACUAUCAACGCUGCUGUUGGCCGCCGCCACUAUUUAUUAUACUGGUGUCACUGCUGGAGAUUGUCGUCUUCAUCUACGAUUACAUGACAGUUCAACUGUUAGCGGCAGCAGCGGCGAUGGUGCCAAGGGGGACAUUCAUCGAAAUCAACGUCAACAAGCAAUUCGUAGCGAGUGAGUCGUCGCUUAUCUAUCGGCCAGAUCGUCGCCUAGAGAUGUGGCGUUACGUCUCGUACAUGUUGUUGCACGCAAAUUGGUUCCAUCUGAGCUUCAAUGUAGUCGUACAGCUGGCGUAUGGUCUGCCCUUGGAGGUGGUGCACGGUUCGACGCGCGUUGCCAUCAUCUAUUUGGCGGGCGUAUUUGCCGGCUCGCUGGGCACCAGUGUCGUUGACUCGCAGGUGUAUUUGGUGGGCGCAAGCGGUGGCGUUUACGCGCUAUUGGCCGCACAUUUAGCGAAUAUUCUGCUCAAUUUUGGUCAAAUGCGCUAUGGCAUGCUGCAGCUGGCGCGGCUCAUUGUACUAGUUUCCUGUGACCUGUGCUAUGCAGUCUACACCAAAUACCAGUACAGCAGUAAGGUCGCAUAUUCAGAGGCCAAAACACUAUUACCGUCAGUAUCGUAUGUUGCGCACUUGACUGGCGCGUUGGCGGGCUUCACAAUGGGUUUGCUGGUUUUGAAGAAUUUCGACAAUUCGAAAGCUGUGCAGUCGAAGCAUUUGUGGUGGUUGGCAUUGGGCGUCUAUUUGGCUUUUACGAUAUUCGCGAUUGCGUUCAACCUCAUCAACACGGUCACUGGGCAACGGCUCGAGGAGGAGAGUGAAACGGUUACGCAACAUUUACUUCAUAAUUUGGGCAUUUCAUAAGCGCACACCAAAGCUUAUGUAAUAAGACAAUAUGUAGCUUAAUAAUUACGUUAGUUUAUUAUUUGUAAUCAAAGAGCUCUUUGCUAAUACAUAUGCAUGUUUAAAGUUACUAUACGUUUUUAUUUGGUCAACAUUUUUUUCUUUAACGUUACAGUCGCACGUAUA